AUCUUUUGCCUCGCCGUCGCCGGGGCCGCCGCCUCCUCGCCGGCUAGGGUUCCCGCGGCACCGCUCCGCUCGCAUCCUCGGGGGGUGCGUGCUCUCCGCCGACCCGAACCUUCCGCCUUCGAUGAUUACUCCCGUUUGUAUAUACCGCCCGCGUAACAUUCACGGGGAGCCAGCGGGUUGUGCAAAAUGCCUCGAUAUGAUGACCGCUAUGAUUACGAUGAUCGAUACGACCACUAUGGUCGACAUGGUGGUAACACUAAGUUGUACGUGGGUCAGAUUUCUCCACAUACUCGGAUACAUGAUCUUGAAGACCUUUUCAGCAAAUAUGGGAGACUGAGGAAAGUGGAUCUGAAGAGGGACUUUGGCUUUGUUGAAUUUAGUGAUCCCCGGGAUGCAGAUGAUGCAAGGUAUGACCUUGAUGGCCGAAAAUUUGAUGGGAGUCGCAUCAUUGUUGAGUUUGCAAGAGGGGUGCCACGUGGUCCAGGAGGUGUCCGUCAAUAUGACAAAGGACCUCCUCCUGGCCGCUGCUAUAACUGUGGGAUGGAUGGCCACUGGGUUCGUGAUUGCAAAGCUGGUGACUGGAGAGAUAGAUGCUACCGCUGUGGAGAAAUGGGCCAUACAGAAAGAAACUGCCAGAACAGUCCAAAGGAUCUAAAGCGAGGGAGAGGCAACUCAAGGUCUCCAUCUCCUCACCCUGGAAAGGGCCGAGGGAGAAGCUACUCAAGGUCUCCGUCUGCUCGUCAUGGAAGGGACCAAAACUGGAGUUACAGUCGGCCUCCAUCGCCAAGGAGGGAUUACUAUCACGCUGGUGGUGAAGAGUUGCCACCAAGAAGCCCCCAUCACAGCCCCAUCCCCAGGAGGAACCUCCCACCAAGGGAACAAGCUGAACGCAAUGGCUCAUAUCAUGGUGGGAGCCCCAGGAAAGGUGAAGCUCGGGGGAAGCGCCAGUGACCCGGAACUUGAUUCUGGGGUUGUGAAUUCUCAAACUUUCUCUCCUGAACCUUGAUGGCUAUGGACUUGAGAUUCUGGGGUUGUGAAUUCUCAAACUCUCUCCUGAACCUUGAUGACUAUGCGUAGGCAUUGUCUUAAGAAUCUUAGCUUUAGUGAAGAUUGGGUCCCUGGAUCCUCAAAAAGCUCACCUCAAUGCUGCAAAUUUUGCCGAGGCAUUGGGACCUCAUAUCUGAAGGAUCUUUAUGGGAGAUGGUGCUCUGUUUCGAAUAUUGCCUGCACUGAAUUAUGUUUCUGUGA